UGUAAUUAGAUAAAGCAGGACAUUGGUAGUGUUCUAACAUUAUCACUAUUUAUUGAGCAAUACCUGAUUGAUGGCAUUUAUUAUGUAUUAGGUGCAGUAAUAGUUAAGGUGUAUAUGUGCUGCCUGCAAUAGGCUCCAGGUCCCCCUGUGACCCUGAGCAGGAGACGGUGGAUGGAUGUACUCAUUGUACUGUUCGGAGGUUAAACUGGUCACUACACAAAAUGCAUACUUUGCCCAGUCGUUGAACUCUCUCUCUCACUGGUAUGUUUCUAACAGUUAGAGGUUUGAGGCGUUUCUUACGCAUUUUUUUGUAUUUCAUUAAACAAAGAACAAGACGUCCUUUGUAACGGAUUAACAACGCAAGUCUGAAAUGCCUUUUUAGGGGACUGAAUGGAUCCUCAGUUUGCUCCCUGAGCUCAGAAAGCAUGACGAUCUUCAAGAUUCUCCAUUAACUGCGUCGCCUGUGCAGAUAUGAAUUGACUUCAGUGACUUUCAUAGGAUUUCUAAUGGCGCUAAUAAACAUUCAACCUAUUCAGAGUAUUUGCAGAUAAUCCAGCAUAGGUGCUAUUUACUGGGAAAAGGAUUCAGCAGUUAAACACAAGCGCAAGGCGGACACACGCAGAGUCAGGAAGGAAUGACAUUGUGGAAAUAUCCAGCCGUGGGAGUAAGAUGGAGGACGGUGUGGAGCUGCUUGGGUUGUAUCCGGAAUGAUUUGUCCCAGCCACAGAAGGCUUUCCUGGCAAUAAGAUAAAGUAAAGUGAAAACAAGCCUCAGAGGAAUCGAUAGGGUUACCGGCGAGGGCACCGCCGUAGAGAGUGCAUGACGGAGAGCAAGGGCGGCUCUUUCUGCAGAGCCUCGGACUGGGUGUACCAUUACAGAUAGCCCCGGCUUGGCGAUCUGUAAAGUUGUGGUUAGGCGCCAGACGAUGGAGCGCCAACACAGUUCCGAAGGAGGCGUCCAGAUGGGCAGGAGCAAGGCUGCUAUAGCCGAGGAGGACGGGUCAGCUCACUACGCCUGCAGCGUAUGCAGCCGCAGCUUCCCCUUUCAGAGCUCGCUGUCGCAGCACAUGCGGAAGCACACGGAGGCCAGACCAUACAAGUGUCCCUACUGCGACCACCGGGAAGCCCAGAAGGGCCGGUUGAAGGUCCACAUCCGUAGCCACCGCGUGGGUGUCCCCGGGCGUGGCCACGAGCAGACGGAUGCAGAAGGAGACGAGGAGGAGGCGGAGGUGGGGGAACAACAGAGCAGCGAGGUAGGCGUGUCUGAGGGCCUGGACAGCUGUGCCAGCCCGACCAAGAGCACGUCGGCUUGCAACCAGGUGGUCAACGGCAGCCCAGAGGGCACCAGGGGCAAGGUACCGAGCACCAAUGCCUGGACGCUGUCUCUUCAGUGCACCGUCUGCAGCAGGAAGUUGGGUAGCCAGGCAGAGCUGGAUAAGCAUUCACAGCUCUGCCGGCUCUGCAGCCACGUUGCUCAACGAGAGAAUCAGCUCCUCGACCACCUCAAAAGGCCUCGCAUCCCAGAAGAUGCAGUCCCCGGGGUCGGGUCCGAAGGGGAGUCUGGUGAAUUUUCCUGCGGCUUGUGCGGCCAGAGCUUUGCCCAGGCCUGGCUCCUGAAGGCCCACACGAAGAAGCACUUGGGCCCCUUUGAACACGCCUGCCAUGUCUGUGGCCGGCGCUUCCGCGAAGCCUGGUUCCUAAAGAACCACAUGAAGACCCACAGUAUCAAGGCUAACUGUCGAGGCAAGUCAAGGAGUGAGCUGGAGCCACCGGCCACCAUCAACAACGUAGUGCAGGAUGAAGCAGUUCUGGUCAGGACUGCCUCUCUCUACCAGCUCUGCUUGAAGUGUGGGAACCUCUUCCAUGACAGAGAGAACCUUCAGAUCCAUAAUAGAAUCCACAGCCGGGCGUCGCACCUUGAACGGCAGGACAAGCACGAAGGAACCAGCAACCACCCAGACUCGUCUACUGCAAAGAAGCUUUUUUUGGGGUGCCUGAAUCUCCAACCCUCUGAGGAUGGAGGAAACAAAACAUUGAGGAACAAAUUGGGCACACGCAUCCCGGAGCUGGACCCAGUCUGCAGUUACCAGGCCUGGCAGCUAGCCACCAAAGGUAGGGUGACGGAUUCUUGGGACAACGUCAAGGACAUUGGCUGGGAAGAGGUGGCGGUGGAUGGAGAUUUGGGCAAUGAUCAGGGGACAGGAGAGUACAUCCUGGUAGGGCAAGAGAAGCGGAAGAGGGAGGUGGACUCUCACUAUAGUUCUGGCGGUGGCAAAAGGAGGAACAGCGGGAGCCACGCCCACCACCACAGUGGGAACGGACAUGCCCUGGGUGACUUCACCCCUGAGAGCUUGAGUGACUCAGAGUACCGGCCCCCAUCUCGAGCAGGCCGGCGCUCCUCACAGAGCAAAGCCACCGAGUGCUUCGAGUGUGGGAAGGUGUUCCGCACGCGCAACCAGAUGGCGAUGCAUGCUCGCACACACCGCCGGGAGGGGGGCCGGACCUCCAGAGGGGACCGUGGUGGUUCCGUCAGUGAGGCCGAGUCGGGCUCGGCCAGCCGCCCCAGCACCCCUCGCUCUGGGUCCUCGCUGCCUGCCUCCAGGGCGGGCGACACCACCCCGGACAGGGUGGAAGAGAAAUCCCCGACCGCCGUCCCAGAUGAAAAGCAGCACGUCUGUGACCUGUGUGAAUUCAGAAGCAGAGACUCCAGCACCUUGGCCACGCACCUGCUUUCCCAGCAUGCCACAGGUGGCAGUCUGGGCAAGUCAGGCACUUUGGGAGAGGAUCUCUGUAACAACCCGGGCCAGAAGGGAAGGCCAGCACCAGCCUACUUGGGCAAUUCUGCCCCCUACUCUUCUCCUGAGAGGGUUGAGGUGGAGUGUCUUCAUCUGGUAACAGGUACCCAUAAUGGAAAGGUCAAGGAGAAGCCCAGACUUUCAAAGGAUCCCUCCAUUGCUGCACUUGAUCUGUCGAUGUGUGUGGGUAUCCCACCUGGGGGCCCUCUGGCGCUCCCUAAUGACACCCCAUCUGGCCACCAGUGCUCUUACUGCUCUUAUGGUACCCACUAUCCUGAAGUGCUCUGGAUCCACCAGACUGUCGCCCACAAGGUGAAGAGCAGUGCCCUGAUUCCCUGCUGGGCCCCGCGCUCUAGGCCCAAGGGGUCUUUGAGUAUUCUGGCAUCAUGGAGGCGGACCGGACCCCCACCUGCCUCUGGCGGGAAGGAGUGUCCUGCCCUCCCCACCACCCGCUCUGCACGUACGCAGCCCCCUAACUGGGACAGAUCAAGCGGCGGACCCAGGGGAAGCAUGACCACAGGAUCUGGGUCUCAAGGGGCCGCAUCUAGCAGGAUCAGCCGGUCCGGGGUGGAAGAGGCCCGGCAACAGCGACCCAAGCCCGAGACGCAGACCAGGCCCACGGAGAGGAACCCCGACACCCCCCAGCCACCACCGGCGAGCCCCAAAAUGGGGGCCCGGCCAGCAGAGAGACGCCCGCUUCCCCAGGAGGGCCUAGGCUUCAUGCUUUCCAGCAAACACGACAUGUCCCAGCACGCCCCCCCCACAGGUCUGCCUCCGCCCCCGGCAAUACAGUCCCAGGCCAAGAUGGGCCAGCAGGACCCGAUGAGUCCAGGACGGAACCCAGGUGGCUCUCAGACACGGGGAAGCCCUGUAAUGGGUUCCCCCCUGUCGCGUCCCGCGACCAAGUACGAGUCAGCGCCCAACUCCCCGGCGGACAUUCUCAGCUUCCUGAAGAACUGCCAAGCCCAUGACCUAGCCACACUCUACCAGCGCUGGGGCUCCUCCAAUCCGCUUCUGACUCACACAGGAAUGCUGAGGUCACUGGCCCACCAAGGAGACUACAUCUGCCGCGACUGUGGAAGGAGCUUUGGCCAGCCCAGCCACCUACGCACACACAUGAGGUCACACACAGUGGUUGUGGAGUCCAGUGGACUCCAAGGUUCUGAUGCUCACACCCCCACUGCCGAAGCCCCCAAGCAAGGGAGAAACCAUUCUGGAGCUGGCACUGCCCGUACGUCGCCUCUCAGAAAAGGAACCUGAAGACGGGCGUCCAGAGCGUUCGCCACGCGUCCUUCCGUGCCGAUGCGUUCCAGCUCGCCGCACUCCGUGUGCCACUCAAGGAUCCGCGUGACUCGGCGCCCGCAGGCUCGGCACUGGACUGCAAAGCGGCCGCCUUGGAUGAGGAACAUGCACCAAAAAUACCCCUGGCCGGGGAAUCGGCGACGGUGUGAAAGCCCAACAGUGCGAGGCCUGCUCCGCGCCACCGUGAAUCCGGUUCAGCGUAAAUAAAAAUGUGGCUCAGCACCUGUUCAAAUUGGACCCACCCCGGUCUCAUUCAGCUCAGUGGAUUUUGUAACUAGAGUUAUUUUCUGUUUCACUAACAGUUCUAAGCACUGCAAAAAAAUGUGUUGUUUUUUAUAUAUAUAUAUAUAUAUAUAUAUAUAUAUAUAUAUAUAUAUAUAUAUAUAUAUAUAUAUAUAUAUAUAUAUAUAUAUAUAAAACCAAACCCAAUCUCCUCUGAACAAAGAAGAAAAAUACAGUAGUAUAUUUCAUGUUUGCUAAUCUGCGGUUCAGACUUGAAACUGACGUUUGUAUUAUUUAUUUUUUUCAUUUUAAACUUUGCUUACGUAGAUUUCUUGAAUUGUAGUUUAAGUCAAUGAAUUAGUUUCGAUAGGAUUUAAAAAAUCUACUUUUAUUUGCAGGAAAGAAAAUGCAUUUUAUUGGGGAUUAAUUUAGAGUGCAAUUCAGUGACGAUGAUUUUAAUAAGAAAGCAGUAUAAAGCAUUUCAAAAAGAUGAUCAAUAUUUAACCGUUGCCCAGAUUAACGGGCACCAGAGCUCAGGUUUAUGAAAUACUCGGUAAUCUACAGAAGGUCAGUAACAUUUCCUCGUUUUCCUCAGGAUUGCUAAGCUUCAGGACAGCAUACGCAUGCUGGCCAAACGUUCCAGACUGUGACAUUUGGGGAAGCUCAGGAGUCGUAUUUAAAAACUAAAGAGUUAAGUAACCCUUUGAAGUAUUUGCUUAUGUACUUAGGCCUAUAUAGGUUUAUAGUAGGAAUGUACCGCUACCGAAGUUCUGUUACGUCGUUUGAUAUAAUGGCGUACGUGGAAUUGUCUUAUAAGUCUACGCCGGAAUCACCGUCUGACCCGAAUUUAGAUAAAAUUAUUUGCCGUGAAUCUACCGCCGCUCACCUUUGUGUCUCAACCAGGAGCACGCCGCUGAAAUCUCGAGGCGAUUGAAAAGAUAAAGGAGGAGUGUGCUACCUUGAGGAAUCUCCUUUUAAUAAAGCGUCACGCCCUUUAAUUUUAUAUAUACACGUCUGGCCAACUGUAGGCUUGAAAUGCUUACUGGUAACUGUUUUUUAUUUUGAAUCCCCGUGCGUUAUUGUAUCUCCUACUGUGAAUGGAGUAUGAUGUUUUGGGUCUAAACCGAGUGUGUGCGGACUGAAGCGGCGUGCACUGUGGCCUGCCCAGAACCAGGCCGAGUGUCAUGGACAGGACUGGGAAACCCCAUUAGUCUUAAUUUGUGCAUUACUCUGAACUGGGUAAUAUUUCUUUAAUACUGAUAAUGAAGCAUAUUAAAUUUUGAUUACGAAUAUAUGAACAUUUCACUCUAAAAAGGGGUGGUUUAUUCAAUUCCUGGAUAUCGGCAUCCCGAGGAUUGCUUUGGGUACGCCUUUAAUCAUUGCCUUGCCAUAAUCCCUAUACAUGUAUCUCCUCAUUAUUUAGUAGUAUCGGAUAUAGUAUAUUCCCAUAAAUUUUACUUACAGUGUAAUUUGUAAUUAUAAUGUUAAUGUCUAGCUUAAUUUGCUAUAAUAUGUUGAUAUAUGGUAUUUGUAUGCUUAAAAAUGUGUGUAUAUGAAUAAUAGUAAAGUAACUUUAGUUGCCUACCAAAGUAGUAUGAACUGAAUUGUUGACGUUGCUGUGCAAUUGCAUUGAUACUCUUAGCUUUACUGAAGCACCACUAUCCCACCUACUGGCUUUGAGCUUCGUAGUGAAGUCCUCUGCUGUCCUUCUCUCAGACAUUUCCAGCAUCGAGACCAAAUGAAUUUGUUGGUUAAAUCUUGGUGCACUUGCUGCUUCUGUGCACGUCUGUCGGAGGGGCGGGAAUGUUCCCUUCUGGCUCGCAUAUGACGUUUUUUCUCCUGAAUAUAUUCUUAACAGUGGCUUUUGGCUUGACUCUGUUGAUGGAAAAAGUGGUAGAGAAGUGGACAUUGUAGUUUAGACAAAUUUAACACGACGUCUCUGUACUUCGGUACAGUUGAAGAAACUGUGAACACGCUGAACAUUUCAGCUUCGGAUUUUCGACUUUGUAUUCAUCCGCUGGAGUUUCCCCCCCCCCCCUCCACUGUACCCCCAUGAAGCCAAAGCGCUGGGCACAAGGACAUGGUGUCACAGAGCUGGACUGACAUUUAGUCCUUCACUCCGCACUCUGGGACUUUCAGAAACCAAUGAUCACUUCUUCAUUUGAACUUCUUUCCUCCUGAAGGCCCUGAUCCAGUUUGACUUUUUUUCAUUUGUUUGUCUUUGAGCUACAUGUGUUUACGAGCAGUUUUUUAUAUCGAUUUCCUACUUGUUUCAGUCCAUAGAAAGACAACACUGUUUAACCUGGAUUUUCAUCGGUCGCUAUUUAUUAUCUGUCAGGAGGAAUCCUCGCAGCGCCAGAAAGCGGGACUGACCGUUCCGAUCUUCAGCGUUGUGUAGAUUUCACUUAGAGACUGUUACCAAUGAGAAGCUCUCUACCUCUCUGGAUUCAUUCACACGUCUUAAGCCGUUUUGUACAUCGUUGAUGCUGUAAUGUAAUCACCAUAUUAAAGAGAUGGAUGUUG